AUGGAUCAACCUCGGUACUCGCGUGAAACUACAGAUACCGAUGAGGAUGAGUACGAGUACGAGUAUGAUGAUACCGAAACAGAGACUUUUCUCGUCGAUCUGGAUCUCUCAUCCCUCAACCCAAUCACCAAAUUGAAUGUUCCAGGAGCCCCAAGACCCGUGGUACCCGCCAAAAGGCCUCUCGACAUAUCUGAUCCGCCAACGCCAGACCAAAAUGUGCCGGGCGCAUACACAGCAGACCCCAUCGAGGAUGAAGACCGGGACCUCCAAGAGCAGCGAAUUACACCUUCCGGCAACGCCGAGGAUAAUGAUGACGACGACGGGGUAUCGCCCUUCUCCACAAACGUGCAAAUCCUCGAUCUCAACAGCGAAAACCCGGUGAUUUCCUACUUGGAUCAAGUCUACAGCUGUACAUGGACAGAUCUGGUCGGCACCAGUAUGUUCUUUACGAACCCGGGGCUGAGCAAUCCUGCUGUCACGCUACUGUCAACAGACGACUAUGACUUGAUCGGCACGUCCCGGAUCAAACUCGUCGGUGACCGAGCCACGGUGUCCAGGAAGGCAGGGUCAAAGGGAGAAGUCCAUCCAGAGAGCGUGUACGCUGAAGGGCAGUCGCCUCAGGCUGAAGACGAGCCCAGAGGCCGGAGUCUAGGGAGCCUACUCCGCACCAAUCCUAAGACCAACGUCCAAAUUAAGAAACAAGCAGCGUUUCUAGAAAAGCUUAUGGACCUCAAGCGACAGCGCGGAGAAGAAGACGUUGUCCGAGCAUACGUGGAUGAAACGAUUGCAUCGAGUGACACCCCAAGUGUGGUACAACCCAUGCAGUCCGAGGUUGAGGAGCUGAAUCAAAGACUAGUCAAAGGAGAUGCAGCAGUUCUAGCAAGGCUUCAAGAAAUCUAUUCUCACACUGCGGAUCAAGAUUCAGAGCCCGGCGGUGCGACCGAAAGUCCCCAGGAAAAGCACGACUGA